UUUUAAAAAUAAGGUAAUCGAUUUCCCUUGACGACAAUUACUGGUUCCUUUCACAAAAUUUGAACUUUUACAUGGUUUGGACCAGAUUGAUCGAUUAGCAACUCGACCUCUGGAUGUUAUAUGGCCUGGUGGAGAUACUCUUGCUUUUUGGGGGUUUGACUGCAGAGCUUGAGAGUUCACAAUUGCAUGGACAGCCAUCGCAGCAAUCUUCUCAGCAGCAACAUUUUUACAACAGCAACAAUAAUAGAAAAAGGAAGAGCGGCACCACCUCUGGGUUUAAGAGAGUUGGAAAAAGCUUUGGACUUGACUAAAUUUUGUGAACAAUUGAGACGUUUAAUUGAUCAGCCAAUCAAGUUUGGUUUUAAAUUAUUUAAAGUGCCUAAAAGGUCUGAGAGACCCUCUCUCUAAUAGACGCCCUCUCUCCAAUAGAUAGACGCCGGCUCUAUUAGGACCCUACAUAAGCGGGCCUUUUGUAGAUAAACGACCUCUCUAAUAGAAACUCAUUCAAAAUGAUCCAUUAAAAAUGUAACCUCCUUCUCCAAUAAAAUCCCACCCAAGGGGCCCAUUGAGAAAUAGAAGCUCAGGGUUUUAAUUAGAACUUUAAUGUAAUCUCUUUAAUUUUUGUAGAAUUCCAAGUACACUUUCAAUGUGUCCUGCUAGUCUGUAGCUAGAAGUAGACGUUCCUGGAAAAGCAAGGAGGGAUCUUCUCACAGUUAAUAUAUUUCCUUGGGGCUGAAGAAAUUCAUACUUUAAAAUUGGAUAUUUGGGCUGAUGACACUGAAAAACAAAAGGAAGACAAAAAAUGUUUUACAACGUAGAAGAUGUUGAUGAAGAAAGGAAAUGGUUAUUAGAUUUAUUGUUGG